UUUUGUUUUUGUUUUUGUUUUUGUUUUUUUGUCCCUACCCAGGCUUUCCCUUGGAGCUCUGCAUCUCUGGCCAGGACGCCAAUCUUAAUGAAUUCUGAUUGAGAGCCAAACGGGAUUGGUGCUGAGCGUGAAACCCAGAGAUGUUCUACUAUCCCAACGUGCUUCAGCGCCACACAGGCUGCUUCGCCACUAUCUGGCUGGCAGCAACCCGAGGCAGCCGGUUGUUGAAGCGUGAAUACCUGAAAGUAAAUGUAGUGAGGACCUGCGAGGAAAUCCUCAAUUAUGUGCUGGUACGAGUGCAACCACCGAUGCCUGGGCUGCCCCGUCCCCGUUUCUCCCUCUAUCUCUCUGCGCAGCUGCAGAUUGGUGUGAUAAGGGUCUACUCUCAACAGUGCCAGUACCUUGUGGAAGACAUCCAGCAUAUCCUAGAGCAUUUGCACCGGGCCCAGCUGCGGAUUCGCAUUGAUAUGGAGGAGGCUGACCUACCUAGCUUGCUUCUUCCCAACUGCCUGGCCAUGAUGGAGAUGCUGGAAGAUGCCCCGGAACCCUUUUUUGGGAUGAUGUCUGUGGAUCCAGGACUUCCCAGUCCUUUUGAUAUUCCUCAGAUUCGGCACCUUUUAGAGGCUGUGACCCCAGGGAAAACUGACAGGACCUUAGCCACUAUACAGGCUCCUGAGGCCAUCACCCUACAGGAGGCAGAGCCCAUUCGCAUGUUGCGGAUCGAGGGAGAGCGGGAUCUCCCAGAGGUCAGUCGAGGUGAUUUGGAUCUGCUGAUAGCGGAGGAAGAUGAUGCCAUAUUGCUGGAGGAACGUCAGCGAGGCCGGCUUCUCCGGCGGCGGAGGGCCUCCCCAGCACUGGAUGAAUCUAAGGAAGAGCCCAGGGCCAUGGAAGGAAAUGGUGUGGUCCCCUCCCUCUCACCCCCAGCUCCGGCACAGGUUGAAGGGAUAAGAGAACCACUUCCAGGCCAGGUCUUCGCUCCUGAGGUACAGAAGUUGACAGGCUGGGAGCCUGGGGCCCUCCUCACUGAGGUGACGCCUCCUCCGGAGCUACGUCUACCUGCCCCACCUAGUGCAGAGAAGAGGCCCCCAUCUCUUCCGAGACAACCUGGCCGACGCCGCCAACGCCGCCAGUUACUAUUCUGGGACAAGGAGACUCAGAUCUCCCGGGAGAAAUUCGAGGAACAGCUGCAGGCUGGGGCUCACUGCCGGGAGUAUCCUGUGGUGCAGCCUGAAAGGAUGGUCACAAGCCCGGCGGAGCUCUUCAGAACCCCAACUCUCUCUGGCUGGCUGCCCCCAGAACUACUAGCUUUAUGGACCCACUGUGCCCAGAUACCCCCGAGAAUGCUCAGACAAAGACCACAACGGGAGCCUGAGGUGGAGAGGGCAGCUGAGGAGGAAAGAAAGACUGAAGCCCUGAGCGAGAUUGAGGUUCUGAGAGAGGCCCAGGAGCCCAGUGGUCCCCUCAUGCUCUCUUCAGAGCUCUCCCUGGAAGCGGCUGAAGAGGAGAAGUCCCGUACCAGCCUCAUCCCCCCAGAAGAACGGUGGGCCUGGACUGAGGAGGGCCAGCCAGAGCCUCCGGUGCUGCCCAUGCUGCCCGAGAUCCCUGAAGUGCCCAUGGAGAUGCCCCCAGGGCCUGAGCUACUCUCUUCAGAGGCUAUAUAUAGGGCAGUAGCACUGGAGCUACAGGCCAACAGGGAGCCAGACUUCAGCAGCCUGGUGCCCCCUCUCAGCCCCAGGAAGCUGGCUUCUCGGGUCUUCUACCUGCUCCUCGUACUGUCCGCACAGAAGAUCCUUCGUGUGGAACAAGAAAGGCCGUAUGGGCGCCUCCUGAUCCAUCCAGGACCCAGAUUCCACUGAGCAAGUUUAUUAAACCAUAUCCUACCUCACUGCACUUUGCCC